GCUGUCACGUACGAUGCAUUUUUCCGACGAGAAAACUUUUCUUAUAAUUUGACUGAAAUCUUGAGAAAAAGUCGAAGUGCAUCGUCGAUAGCUUGAGCAAAUAUGUUUCAUCAAAAACAAUGAUCAAAUGAUCCACUCAUAAUACGCAUUGCACUGACAGUCGACUUUCUAUACUCAAUAACGAAGGAAGAAGAAGAAGAAGGCAGGGGGAUUUACAUUCGUAAUGUCCAACGAAGAGAAAGUAAUCAGUAAUGAUGAUCAGUCCAGUUGUAAGAGCACAGAUAUUAGCAACACAUCAGUGUACAGUUGUAAAGUUGCCACCACGGAAAGUGAAACUAAAACUGAAGAAGUUCAGCAGGAACCCUCUCCAGAGACCACAUUGCAACCAUGUGAUGAGAAGGACGAGAAGCCAGAUACUACAGAUAACCAGAAUAUAGCUGGCGGAGAGACUGUAAGUUUUAAACUCAUCUACAGUAAACAAAAAUAUGAUAUUGAGUUUCCAGUAGAUAAUACAAUCAAACAGCUGAAAGAACAUCUAAGCUCCAUAAUAAAUGUGCUACCAGCUAUGCAGAAGGUCAUGAUUAAAGGAUUAGCCAAGGAUGAAAAAACCUUAAAGGAACUAGGUGUUACUCCUGGAUCUAAGGUUAUGGUAGUAGGCUCAAAGUUAGAUGAUGUAGUCAGUGUCAACAAUCCUAAAACAGAGAGCACCACAGCUGAGAAGUCAAGUACUACAACGUCCACAAAAGAGCCUCUUUGUAAGCAAAAGCUGCACCGUAAGAUUCUCGACAAAGGUUUACCAGAAGAUGUAAUGCCUGGCAUCAAGAAUAGCAAGGAUGUGUUACCAUCUUAUCCCCUCUCUGGAAUGCUGAAUAAACAUGGAGGAAAGGUUCGACUGACUUUCAAAUUGGAGCUGGACCAGGUUUGGAUAGGCACAAAAGAAAGAACGGAAAAGAUUAACAUGAACCACAUCCGUCAGAUUGUCUCAGAAGCAAUAGAGGGAUUUGAGCAAUAUCAUAUUAUGGGAUUUCAGCUAGGACCAACGGAAGCCUCUAGAUACUGGAUAUAUUGGGUUCCUGCUCAGUAUGUAGAUGCCAUCAAAGAUACAGUUUUGGGUAAAUGGUGAAUGUAAUCUACUGCAUAUUUAUAAUCACACCUUUUUAUUAAUUGAAUAUAACUAUAUUUUUUGCCAUAGGUGAAACAGAAUAUAAACUUACCAUGGAAAGGAUCAGUUUUGAUGGCUUUUGCUUAUACAAGGUUCUAUGGUAAGGUUGCUCAGCCAUACUCCAUAUUAUCUGAUUAAUAAAAGUUCCUUAAAUUGU